GUACUCGUCGCGGGCGCCGCCGCCCCCGCCGGACAAGGGGGGCUACUCGCAGAACUCGUAUUCCAGGUACGGCGGCCAGGGCGGCGGCUACCAGAGCGGCCAGCGGAGCGGCGGGGGCAGCUCUGGGGGGUACGGCGGCGACCGCGGCGGCAGCUCCAGGACAGGGCGCCGCCGCCGCCGCCAGGGCGCGGGUACAGCGGCAACAGCUCAGGCGACCGCGGCCACGGUGGCAGCGACCGAGGAGGCUACGGCGACAGGGGCUACGGUCACGGCAGCGCGCCUCCACCGCCGUCCUAUAGCAGCAGCGGCGCCGGCCAGAAGCGCUCGUACGGCGGCCCGCCCGCCGGCUCGAGCUCCAGCUACCCUCCGCAGAAGCAGUCGCGCGUGGGGGACAGCAGAGCGCCACCGCCUCCGCGGUCCGGGAGCGGCGGCGGCGGCUACGGCGGCGGCGGAGGGGGCGGCAGCUACGGCGGGAGCUACGGCGGAGGGGGCUACGGCGACCGCGGCGGAGGCCAGCGCACCGGAGGUGGCAGCGGCGGCGGCUACAGGCGCUAG